AUGCUGGUUUGUUUACAUCUUAGGUUAAUGACGAAAUUUGGAAUGCGCCGGAAAAGAAACCCCAUUUGUUAGGGUCGUCGCGUCACUGCAAGUCAUAAACCCUGCCUAUUUCUAGAAUUUAUCUUAUUAAAAUCUGAUUUUAAACCUAACCUUAACCACACUGAUAACCUUAAAUUAAGACCAAAAAGCUAGUUUUUGUUUUGACGAAUUUUGACGAUACAUCUAGCUAGUGGAAACCUCAUUUGAAUGAAGGAGCAAUUUGUCGGUACAGUAGCUAGCAACUGUCAUGUCUAUCCGAUUUCUUAUAAAACUCGAGUUAAAGAAGAAUCAUCGGUCACUGUUUUCUUUCAAUGUCGAGGAGCUGGUUAUCACAGUUGUUAACUUUUACAUGUGUUAAGUUCCAGGAUUACUCGCUUGAUUGGCAAACAAAGGCUAUUUUGCAAGUUAGCUUGCUUGACACUGAUAUUACCAGUCAACUCUACUGAUGAUUUUUAAAAUUAGUUUCACGCUGUUGGCGGUAGGUGCACUUGAUUCAGCAGCCCUAGCGUCGGGAAGGCAGUGUUCCCAUUUUGAACCAUUUCAUGUGUCUGAAGGUAGAACUCCACCUACCCGGCAGGCCCAGAGAGCAAAUCAAGUGCACCUAUAGGACUAUCGCUGGCCAUUAGAUAGCUCAGAUCACUGUCUGCACAGUUUCCUCAAGCCAUAGACUGCAAAAAGAAGCCUCGAACACACAGCAAAGGUUUAAAACCAUGACUAGAGAGCGACUCAAUGAAUACAGCAUAGAGCUACUGGUUUUAUAAGUAAAUUAAUGUUUAAGUUAUUAAUCACUGUCAACACUUUGUUCAAACCUUUUUUAUAAGCCAUGUGUGCCGAUAAGCUUGUUAUUAUUAGCAGCUUAUCUUUUAUAUUAUCGAGGAAUAUUUCACUUUCUCUGUUUAUAGCAGUAACAACAUGAAUUGGUGCAUGAGGCAGAAAUAAUGCAGUGCGACUUGAGUUUUGCCAUCAGCUGGAAGACUGUCCCCUUUUCUCAGCGGAGUGAGGGAGAGAUGGUGAGUCGGGUGAGAGGCAGCCUCACCGCUGCUCAUUCCUCCCCUCAGACUGAUCAUCGGAUGCAGGCCAUCAGUCCAGUAAAAAAUAUAUACAAAUUAUGCUCACUUAGCUGUGCCUCACAAGUAAUACAACAAAUGAUAUAUUGCCAGUGUGAUCAUAUACCUACAUUUUUUAAAUAUAUAUAUUUUUUUUUAAUGGUCAGAAUUGGUAAUUCAAGCAUAGCCAAUAUGCAGUGAUAAUGUAUUGGGCCUAUAGCCUACUGCACAAACCUCAUUGCUACAGAACUGUUAUUUUUUGGGGGGGUUAAUGUUGCAUAGGCUUAGGUUUUUUAAGUCAUGUUUAAAAAAAAAUCAGAGCUGUAGAUCUCAGCUUCCAUUUUGAUUCAGAAAGUGAUCUUGACUCAGAAAAGGUUGGUGACCGUUGGCCUACAUGAUGAGAUUAUUAUGGACAAAAGAGCGAGAAUAUUUUUAGUUUUCAAAUGGCAGCCAAGCAUCGAUCAUCAUGUCACCAGAAUAAGACCCUCGAUAUUUAUUGGAAAGGAGCAUCAAGCUCAUCACCUUGCACUUUCACCACCCUGUGAAAUUCAUCAUAAUUUAUUUAAUCUGUAGCCUAAUAAACUGCAUGCUUUCCCACGUCGUAGUGGGAGGACCACACAUGCCAUCGUGUGACUCUUCGGUAUGAUGGUAAUAUCAAUAUUUGCGCAGAAGUGUUUCCACCGCCAUUUCUCGCAUAAUACAUUUUACCGAAGCAAAAAGAUUCCACCUUGUCUAGCGAAUUUUGUUUUGUCGACGUUUGGAAAGGUUACAGACAAAUUUGCUCUUUCCAUCAGGCCUGUCGUGAUUUUUUUUUUAAUCCAACAUGUACUUUACUGGCAUGAAAAGGUUGGAUGGAAACCUGGUUUCAGAUAUUAAUUAUAAGUUAGAAUAUAAACAAAUGUUAAUUGUCAAUUUAUUCUACACCACAAAACAUAAGUUAGCGUAAACAAACUGCGUUUAUUCAGCAAUUUAUUAAACAAAUCGUACAGCGUUUUAGCUUCAUAUACUAACUGUGAACAACAACCCACUGAUGACUCUCUGUCCGUCUCCUCUCUCUCCAGAUGUACAACCAGCACCCUGACCAGUACGAAGCCCCUGACAAGGACUUUAUGAUUGUGGCCCUGGACCUGCUGAGUGGCCUGGCCGAGGGCUUGGGGGGCAGUGUGGACCAGCUGGUUGCCCGCAGCAACAUCAUGACCCUGCUCUUCCAGUGCAUGCAGGUACACAGGGGCAUCCAAGUGCCAACUGUCAGUGGCCAUUUUGAAAAUGUUAAAUUAGUCAAUUUGAAGGAGGAUAAGUUGCCGUAUAGUUUAUACAGUGCUGCUCUGUCGUUCGCAAAAAAAAAACUGAAACUGGUUUGUAUGAAAGUUGGUAUUAUUGCUGUUUGGAGUGUUAAAAGUUCCAAAUAUUUGUUUUAACCAGAUGUGUGUGUGUUUUUGAGACUAACUGUGCGUUCCACCAGGACCCUAUGCCAGAGGUGAGACAGAGCUCCUUUGCUCUGCUGGGAGACCUGACCAAGGCCUGCUUCCCUCACGUCAAACCCUGCAUUGGUGAGUCGACCAUAGUAAUGAAGAAAUUACCUGUCAAUGUCAUGAAAAAGUAGAUUCAUAAUCAGGACUAGAUUACCAGUUGCUGGCGCUGAGGAGGUAUGUGUGUUGGAGUGACUAGUAGUUUAGGUAUUAUUUGUAUAUUGGUGAGUGUGUAUACCAGUGAUUGUGUGACUUGUUGAGUGUACUGUUUGUUUAACCUGUGUGUUUGUGGGAGUUUGUGUAUAGCAGGGAUUGUGUGACAAGUUGUGUGUAGUGUUUGUAUAUAAACCUGUGUAUCCCCCAUCCAGCUGAGUUCAUGCCGAUCCUGGGCCUGAACCUGAACCCAGAGUUCAUCUCUGUGUGUAACAACGCUACCUGGGCCAUUGGCGAGAUCGCCAUGCAGAUGGGUGAGUUACUGCUUGCUGUGUGUCCUGACUGCAGUCUUAAUUUAUUACACACCUGCACUCUUUACCUCACAACCACUCUUAAAUGCAUCUCACUAUCUCUGCUUUCCCUCGCUCUCUCCCUCCCUUACUAAUUCUCAUAAUAACACACACAUACAACCAACAACCAGUCUGCACCUAUGAUGAUCUCUCUAACAGACAUUCGAAAUCUGAAAUGUUCUAUGUGGAAGUUAAAGGUCUGAGUGUGUGACAGAGGUCCCGGUGUAGGGAUGAACACACAGAUGGUAAUGGUGUCACGUGUGUUAUGGUGUAUGCUGCUAGGGUUUGCUGUCUUUUGGAUGGAGCAUGUAGCUAACUCUGUCAGAUUUGAUUCGCUGCCCUUGCUCUAUAACCCAUGAACUCAAUGACCCUCUGUCAUACGAGUGAGUCAAUCUCCCUUGACUACAGUGUGCUGCAAGAUGCCUGAGUGAUGGGUCCUGCUACCAUUGGACUCUAACAGUGAGGCCUGCAGGUGUGUGCAAGCAUGGCAGGCCAACCAGCAGUAGUACAGUGUAGUGACAUUGUGCUAAAAUACCUCUACAGGGAGAACUGACAAGAAGGAUGAAGGAGAUUGCUCAGGUGAGCUAGGGGGAACCAUGGCUAAAGAUGGUGGCCAUUUUGGGAAAUUGGCCAGAAAUCACGAGAACCCUAUUUUUGUAGCAACACCACCAGAUUCACUCCAUCAGUAAUCCAUGUUGGUAAUGGUGAUUUGAUAGAAGUGAUUGUAAUGAUGACACUAUAAAUACUCUAAAUGACAGUGAAUACUUGAUAGCGCUGAUGUUGGAGUUGACUGUAGACCUGGCUUCAAAUUCUAUUUGAAAUCAUUUGAAAUACUUAAGCUGUGCUUGAUUGUAUAUGAAAGGAACCUAUAGAAAAGGCCCCAAAGUUUAAACCCCGUCCAUUUGCCACUCCAGGCAGGCUAGAGAAAAUGCUCAAAGUAUCUGAAAGAUUUCCAAUAGUAAUUGAACCCAGGUAUGGGUAUACUCCCGAGUGGCGCAGUGGUCUAAGGCACUGCAUCGCAGUGCUAGCUGUGCCACUAGAGAUCCUGGUUUGAAUCCAGGCUCUGUCGUAGCCGGCCGCGACGGGGAGACCCAUGGGGCAGCGCACAAUUGGUCCAGCGUCGUCUAGGGUAGGGGAGGGAAUGGCCGGCAGGGGAUGUAGCUCAGUUCGUAGAGCACGCCGUUUGCAACGCCAGGGUUGUGGGUUCGAUUCCCACGGGGGGUAUGGGGAAAAAGAAAAAGUAAUGUAUGCACUAACUGUAAGUCGCUCUGGAUAAGAGCGUCUGCUAAAUCACUAAAAUGUAAAUGUAUGGAGAGCAAUGCCAUAAUUUCCAGCUGGUUGAUUGUGUUGCGUUUUCCCUGGUGACUGUAGGAUCAGACAUGCAACCCUAUGUUGGGCUGGUCCUCAACAACCUGGUGGAGAUAAUCAACAGACCUAACACACCCAAGACCCUCCUGGAGAAUACAGGUACGGUACUCACACAGACGCAUGUUUAAAUCCCUACCCCCAUGGAAAACAACAAGUAUUUAGGCUCCAGUCCUAUUAUGAUCUCUUUAACAGACAUUUGAAAUCUGAGAUGUUCAAUGUGGAAGUUAAAGCUCUGAGUGUGAGACUAGGAGAUCUGACUUUGAAGUUAUUGUUCUAAAACUUAUUGGUAUGGCCCUGUAGUUAUUGACACAUAAUCACUCCUCUGUUUCUCUUGGGACAGCCAUUACGAUCGGCAGGCUGGGGUGCGUGUGUCCACAGGAGGUGUCUCCCAUGCUGCAACAGUUCAUCAGACCCUGGUGCACAUCGUUGAGGAACAUCAGGGACAAUGGGGAGAAAGACUCUGCGUUCCGUGGAAUCUGCAUGAUGAUCGGCGUCAACCCCGCUGGAGUGGUUCAGGUGAACACUGUUCCACACAGGAAUAUGGAUUUACUGGGGCCAAUACUUUAAAUAUUUUUGUUCCCCGAGUGUGUUGCCUCUCCACUCUUGUCUAUUAUGAACUCUAAACAGACAUUCUUAAUCUGAAUAACUAGUGUGGAUGUAAUUUAGACUCUGAGGUAACUCUGGUGAGAGAAGGCACAUUGUAUUCAACCAAGCGUGUUUGGUGUCAUUGAAGGAUGAUUGGAACCUAAAUGAGUAAGGGAAUGUGGAUGAAUGUUGGAUGAUGAGGAUGUUGUCAUAUGAACUUUGGUGUCUCUCUUCAGGACUUCAUCUUCUUCUGUGAUGCUGUGGCCUCCUGGGUUAGUCCUAAGGACGAUCUGAGAGACAUGUUCUACAAGGUAAGCACUCGGGAGAUAUAUACCUCAACAAAUCUCACCCAUACGUUUGAUCCUCAGGAUACAAAGGUUCUAGACUGUUGGGUUCUAAGUAGACCUCAUGCUCCUCUUCCUCCACACCCUGUGAUGAUCUUUAUCUACAGACAUUCGAAAUCUGAACAUAUAUUGUGGAUAUUUUAGACUCUGAGAUGUGUGGUGCCAAGAAAACAAAAGAACCAGCUUUGCCAGUCGCUGAAGACCACUGACCGUAUACCCCACCUUGAUUUACAAGCUUUGUUUGUUGUGUUGUAGAUCCUCCAUGGCUUCAAGGACCAGGUGGGCGAGGAGAACUGGCAGCAGUUCUCAGAACAAUUCCCCCCUCUGCUGAAGGAGAGGCUGUCGGCCUGCUAUGGC